AUGUGGUGGUACACAGGAGCUGUGGUAGAUCCGAAGAAAGCGUGUCGGGCCCGUGCAGUCAGCAACGAUGGAAGAGAACCACACAAACGGCCAAUUUCGCAUUUUCGUAAAAUCGAAGGAACAUUAUUCUCGUCCAACCAGAAAGCACCAUGUCGAGCUGUUGCUGCUGCACAACCAGACCACAGCGCUGAGAGGUCUGAGAAGGAGGUGCUGAGAGAGCUAUCCAAGCAUCUGAUGACAAGAUUGCAGUACGCCAACUUCAAGGUCGAGCAUGGUUGGUCAAAACAAUCGCUCUCGGAAGUCGAGAAUCUCUACUAUCGUCAGAACCAGUCCGGAACCAGCAUCACCGCCUCGACCGCGGCCCCCAAUGCAAGGAAGAGCACUUCGACCUCGCCCAACAACAACAACAACAACACGGCUGCAAAAGCAGCCUCUACGCCCGGCGCUACCACUGCUGCUGGCGGGCAAGCCCAAGGAGGUGUAGGGUCGAGGUUGUUCAAGGAGGCAGCUGUGAAGAAGAUCGACAUCGAAGGUGGGGACGUCUUUGGCGGAUAUGGUCUAGCUACACCACCUGCCUCGGCUGGCAGCGUACCUGGUGCGACGUCGUACCUCACAAGCAAGCGUGGUCGAUCGGUUUCUUCCACGCCCAUCUCGCCACCAAACACCAGCACGAACUCUUCGGCAAGCAAAGCAGGUGACGCACAAAAACGUUCGCCGAACAACGCCGCCAACAACAACAACAACAACAACAAUGCUUCGCGAUCAGCAGCACAGGCUACCUCGUCGACGGCAAGUGCUGCUGCAGGUGGAGCAACAAGCUAUGCAGAUUUCUGGAGUCGUGUCGGCAGCUCGACCGUUUCAACAGCCGGUCCGAGAUCAUCGAUCAGUCCGAGCAAGAAGAGAAGCGCGGAUCAAGUCGCAGCAGAGUCGAGCGCUGCUGAAGCACCUCAACCUUCUGGCCCUGUGAGCCCGCACAAACGGGUUCGAAUGGAACCCGAUGCCGAUCGGUCCGCUUCGAGCAGUCCUGCGAAAGCGGCGCUCUCCGAACGAGGUCCUAGUUUCGCCGCUAACAGCUCUCGCCGACAUUGA